UGCCAAAAAUAUUCUUGUCGUUCAGUAGUCUUUGUUGGUGGUCUUUUUUGUGCUUUUGGCUUAACAUUGAGCUACUUUGCUACAAGUUUAUUACAUUUGCUAUUCACUUUUGGUAUUUUAACAGGCAUAGGAGGUGGUCUGUCUACCACACCUGGUAUUGUCAUUGUAUCGCAAUACUUUGAUGCACAUCGUGCAUUAGCUAAUGGUAUAUGUGUCUCCGGCACAGCUGCAGGUAGUUUCAUACUGCCCGUUUUAAUUAAACAUUUAGCAGAACAUUUUGGAUUUCAUGGCACAAUUUUAAUAUUGGGAGUUUGUAUGCUACAUGUUUGCAUUUCUGCAACACUCUAUAAGCCCUUGGAAGAUUACUCAAAUGAUGCAACACAAACAAUUGAAGACGAAGAGUCGGCAAAACCUCUAAAUGAUAUAAAUCCCAGUUCAACGGGUGUUUUAACUAAUUCUACAUAUUUGAACACAUGUGAAGAUGGUUUAAGUACCAAAUAUAUUGAGCAUCUUUUUUUGGAGGAGUCUAAAAAUCGGUUAAAUGACUACUAUUCCGGGAAAAAUCAUGUUAAUGAUAAGCAACGCAACAAUAACAUGGAACAAGAAAGUGAUGAUGAAUGUAAAGAUAUUAUUGGCGAAACCACAUUUAUCAAACCUAUGAAAAAAGUUCGAAGUUCAGGAAUUAUGCAUUCAGUCGAGGAUUUAAGUACCGAUUCUACUUGGGUUUAUCGUAAACACUCCGGUACUGAUUCGAAUCGUGGUAGUAGGCGACGUAAAAAUGUUUUCGCCAAUGAUGAAAUUAUAUCCAAAAUUCAAGCGCAUUUGGAAAAGCCAUUAUCACCACCUGUCGUGGUUACACGUGGUCUAAGUAAAAGUAUGGAAAUACCGACACCAGUUACAAAUACAUCUAAAGUGAAGCCCAAUGAUGAUGUCAACAAUGCAAUUGCAGCUGGUAUAAAACGACAGAAUAGUAUUGAAGAAGACGAUAAUGAAAAUGAACCACGGACAUGCUGUGAACGGAUUGAAAUGUAUUUGGAUAUAAGUUUGCUGAAAGAUCCUAUUUUUAUACUAAUGUGCUUAUCGGUAACAUUAACUUCAGUAGGUUGUCCAUAUAUGUUAUACUACUUACCAGCACACGUGAUCUCUAUUGGUUACAAUAAAAGUCAAGCAGGAUAUUUAGUAGCAGUAAGUGCUGUGCUAGAUUUAUGUGGACGCUUAGGACUCGGUUAUCUAUCAGAUUUACAAUUAUUUGAUCGAAAAAAAAUAUACAUUUUCUGUAUUCUUGGCGCUGGCACAGCUGUACUUACCUUACCGUCAGAACAAAAACUCUAUAUGGUUGGAUUAUCUGCUGCACUUUACGGUCUUUGCCUCGGUAGCUGGUAUGUGUUAAUGCCAGUUUUGUUAGCAGAUAUUUUCGGCACAGAUCGUAUUAGUUCCAGUUAUGGUUUGGUACGCAUGUUUCAGAGUAUUGGUGCUAUAUCAGUACCACCACUAGCCGGUUUUCUACGCGAUCUCUCUGGAAGUUAUGAGGUAGUUUUUUAUUGUAUGGGUUCCUGUAUGGUACUUGGUUGCACACCAUUAUUGGUGUGGGCUUUUUUGGAAAGUCGUGAUCGACGUUUAUUAAACGAACGAGACGACAGUGAGGAAAACUCAACAGUGUCGUAAAUGGAACAGAUUGGUCUUAAUUUGAACAAAUGAUAUUUAGAAUUCAGAUUUUAAUAUUUUAACACAAAGUA